AUGGCGAAGCCCCGCAAGAACUCCGCCGCCGCCGCCGCGAACGGCAACGGAAACUCCGGCGCGGCCGCCGACGCCGCGGCGGACGUGCGCGCCAAGCCGAAGAAGCGCACCCGGAAGAGCGUGCCCCGCGAGUCCCCCUCCCAGCGCAGCUCCGUCCACCGCGGCGUCACGCGGCACCGUUGGACGGGGAGGUUCGAGGCGCACCUGUGGGACAAGAACAGCUGGAACGAGUCGCAGAACAAGAAGGGCAAGCAAGUUUACCUCGGGGCGUAUGACGAGGAGGAGGCCGCGGCCCGGGCGUACGACCUGGCGGCAUUGAAGUACUGGGGGCCCGACACCAUCCUCAACUUCCCGCUGUCUGUAUACGAAGAGGAGUUGAAAGAGAUGGAGGGACAAUCGAGGGAAGAGUAUAUUGGGUCACUCAGGAGGAAAAGCAGUGGGUUCUCACGAGGGGUCUCCAAGUACCGCGGUGUCGCAAGGCAUCAUCACAACGGGAGGUGGGAGGCCCGGAUCGGCCGCGUGUUCGGCAACAAGUACCUCUACCUCGGCACCUACGCGACGCAGGAGGAGGCGGCGAUGGCGUACGACAUGGCCGCGAUCGAGUACCGCGGCCUCAACGCGGUCACCAACUUCGACCUCAGCCGCUACAUCAAGUGGCUCCGCCCCAGCGCCGCCGACGCGUCGGGCGCCGCCGGCCGGAGCGCGCACCCGAUGCUGGCCGGCCUCGCGGGGCAGGAGCUCCCCGCGAUCGACCUCGACGCCAUGGCGUUCCAGCACGACCUCCACCAGCAGGGCAUGGAGGACGGCAUGGCCGCGGAGGCUGCGGGGGCGCAGUUCCCGCUGGUGCCGGCCACGGCGUCCACGCUCGGCCACACGCCCACCACGUCCGCGCUCAGCCUGCUGCUGCAGUCGCCCAAGUUCAAGGAGAUGAUCGAGCGGACGUCGGCCGCCGAGAGCAGCACCACCACCACCACCACGUCCUCGUCGUCCAUGUCCACGCCGCCGCCGCCGCAGGCCACCAGGGACGACGGCGCCUCGCCGCAGUGCAGCUUCCCGGAGGACAUCCAGACCUUCUUCGGCUGCGACGACGGCGUCGCCUACACCGACGUCGACGGCCUCUUCUUCGGGGACCUGUCCGCAUACGCGUCGCCGGCGUUCCAGUUCGAGCUGGACUUGUGAUCGCGCCGGCGUGCGUGGGCCACUGGCCGGACUGAUGCGCGCCAUUAAUUGGUUUCUUCCAAUGCGGCCGGGGGGUUUUGUCAAUAGGAUAAUCAGACGGAGAAGAGACAAAGGACAGAGGAGGACAGAGCAAGAUAACAGACAAUUGUUACAGUGCAGCUAGUGAGGACUGAGAAUUAUUUCAAGAUUAUUUUUUAUUUUUGCCCUUUCUUUUGGUAUAAUCAGAGGUAUAGUGUAAGAAAAAGAGAUUGUUUCAUUUGUUUAAGGAUCCAUGACAGUCAAAAUAAGGAGCUAAUAUAUAUACGUAUAUUCACAUGA